AUGCCAGCACGUCAACGACCAAUUCAGAAAUUCGCUACUGCGGUUUCACGAUGCUCUACCGAGGCAACAGUUUAUGGAAAAUGUAUCGUGGGAGAUUAUAACGCAAUCCACAAAGAUAAAUGCAUCAAUGAGUUUCUUAAGUUAAAAGAUUGUGUCUUGGCCGAAGAGCUUGCCAAGGUGCUCAGUCAGAUGAAGCUCAUACUCCAAGGAACACCAGACAUAGAUAGUACCCCAGAGCAAGUAUACCAGCUGGUUACAGGUCUGAUAGAAGAGGACCUUCUCCUUCUGUUAGCUCAAACCCUACACCGCCUCCCCUUCGAGUCUCGGAAAGAUACCCAAGUUAUAUUCUCAUACGUCUUUCGGUUCCGACCCCCCACAGCGUCGCCAAAGACAGAUCCAGUCGCAUUGAGUUACGUAGUGAAUAAUAAACCUCAAAUCUUAUUAGAGCUGUGUCGAGGUUACGACCACAAGGAGAGCGCAACGCCCGCGGGUACUGUACUUCGUGAGGUUCUUAAAAAUGAAGCAGCCGCUGCCAUUAUAUUAUACGACGAUGGGGAAGAGCCCGGUUCUAGUUUGAAGGGUGUGACGGCAAUUGAUAGGGAACGACCACAGAGCGGCAACGGAGUCUUUUGGCGAUUCUUCGAUUGGAUCGAUAAAAGCUCAUUUGAGGUUGCUGCUGACGCCUUCACAACAUUCAGAGAACUUCUAACGAAACAUAAAGAGCUUGUGCCGCGGUACCUCUCGAUAAACUUUGAGCUCUUCUUCGACAAGUACAAUAACAUACUUGUACAGUCGAACAGCUACGUGACAAAACGGCAGUCGAUCAAGUUGCUCGGUGAGAUAUUACUCGACCGGUCCAACUACAACGUCAUGACCGCGUACGUCGACCGCGGGGAGCACCUCAAGAUUUGCAUGAACCUGCUACGCAGCGACCGCAAGAUGGUGCAGUACGAGGGCUUCCACGUCUUCAAGGUCUUCGUGGCCAACCCCCACAAGUCCAUCGCCGUGCAAAAGAUCCUACUUAUGAACCGCGAGAAGCUCCUCAACUUCCUCUCCCACUUCCUCGAGGACCGUACCGACGACGAACAGUUCAUCGACGAGCGCGAGUUCCUCAUCAAGCAGAUUAGGAAUAUGCCCCCGAACCCCGUUCCCCCGACCCGCCAGUUGGCGGUUUAG